UCAGAAGCUCAGAUAAGGCUUUGCGAGCGGGCCUGCGAGUCAAGGAUGAAAGCCCGACCAGCUGUGGAGCGCUUACAGUCCCAGAAAUCCUGGAUUGAAGGAGUGUUCAACAAGAGAGAAUGUAACAAAAUCAUACCUAGCUCAAAAGACCCUCACAGAUGUACUGCAGGAUGCCAGGUCUGCCAGAAUUUAAUCAGGUGUUACUGUGGACGAUUGAUUGGAGACCAUCAUGGGAUAGAUUAUUCCUGGACCAUCUCAGCUGCCAAUGGUAACGAAAAUGAACAAUGGUCUGUUGAAAAGCAUACGACGAAAAGCCCUACAGAUACGUUUGGCACUAUUAAUUUUCAAGAUGGAGAGCACACCCACCACUCCAAGUAUAUUAGAACUUCUUAUGAUACAAAGUUGGAUCAUCUGUUACAUUUAAUGUUGAAAGAGUGGAAGAUGGAACUGCCAAAGCUGGUGAUCUCUGUCCACGGGGGCAUCCAGAACUUCAAGAUGCCCUCCAAACUUAAAGAGAUCUUCAGCCAAGGUUUGGUCAAAGCUGCAGAGACAACAGGAGCGUGGAUAAUAACAGAAGGCAUUAAUACUGGUGUGUCGAAACAUGUUGGGGAUGCCCUGAAAGCCCAUUCCUUCCAGUCCUUGAGAAAAAUCUGCACAGUUGGAAUCCCUCCUUGGGGCGUCAUUGAGAACCAGAGAGAUCUUAUUGGAAAAGAUGUGGUGUGUUUGUACCAGACUCUGGGCAACCCCCUCAGCAAGCUCACCACCCUCAACAGCAUGCAUUCCCACUUCAUCUUGUCCGAUGACGGGACUGUGGGCAAGUAUGGAAAUGAGAUGAAGCUCAGGAGGAACCUGGAAAAGUACCUCUCUCUGCAGAAAAUACACAGCCGUUCAAGACAAGGUGUGCCCGUGGUGGGGCUGGUGGUAGAAGGAGGUCCCAAUGUCAUCCUCGCUGUGUGGGAGACAGUGAGGGACGAAGAUCCGGUGGUGGUUUGUGACGGCACGGGCAGGGCCGCCGACCUCCUGGCCUUCACCCACAAACACAUAGCAGAUGAAGGGUGA